UGUGAUUGGUUCCUUUGUUCCGGCGCCAAAAACCAGGAAGUGUGGUGGAAGCCCUGUAAGACGGGAGAAUUUAAUUGCUUUUAUUCCGUUACUUGUUUAACUUUGGUCUUACAUUUACUCACAUGGACACACCGUCUUAUUUCCCCGUACCUCCCGGUGUGGGGAUGGAGGAUAAUUUUUUGUCUCUCGACGACAUUUUGCUCUCGCAAGAGAGGCUGCCUGUAAGGACGGAGUGCGUUUUCCCCCGACUUGGAUUUCUGGAGAAGUCUAGUGAUUCGCAGGACAUUCAGGAGGGCACAAAGAUGGAGCUUCCUCUAUGGCUCUGUAAGGGUCUAUAUGAGAAGAAGAGGAAGGUGUUGUCUGUGGAGCUUCCUAAAAUCUACAAAGAGGGCUGGAGGACUGUGUUCACAGCGGACCCCAACGUGGUGGACUUGCAUAAGAUGGGUCCCUACUACUACGGCCUGGGCUCCCAGAUGCUGCAUUUUGACGGUCCAGAAAACCCAGACAUUGCAAAGACGUUGUUACAGACGUUCAUUGGCCGCUUUAGGCGAACGAUGGAUUCCUCCCAGAAUGCCUAUAAUGAAGACACAUCUGUGCUGGUGGGGCGACUGGACUUCUUGGAGAAGGUUCUGUUCAAGUCCGGUCAGAGCGGCCUGAACGGCUUCCAGGGCUGGGAGAAGGGCCAGGCCGCACAGCUCACUGCCUCCAGCCUGGUUCUGAACUACCGCAAGAGGAAGAUUGUCGAUGUUCAGUCCUGAACUCGGCCCACUUGUAUCGGGUCAACAGACUCUCAGGAGCAGAUUUAGUCAGGAUGACGUUCUCCUCCACAUCUGACCCAAAGAGACUAGAGGGACAAGGACCCUGGCUGAAAUGUAGACAUGUUUAAUUGGUAAUUGAUCAGCAAGAAUUUUAGUGUAUAAAUAUUGUUUUUAUGUGUGAGAAGUAAAGGUUUUACAAUUUUUAGUUACAUUGAAGCCCUUCUUAAUUUGCAAUAAAAUUAAUCAAAACUUAGUGAUCAAACCAAUAGGGAAUAAAGCACAUCCCAUUGUAAAAGAAACUGUAAAGGUGAGAUUAACAAAAUCAGUCAUGGAUCUUCUUUAACCAGCAUGUGCUGCUUCUGCUGCAUUGCAAUUCUGAGAGGCUAACGAUAUUAGUCCAGAUGUUUUUCUCCACAGCAGUGAGUCCCAUCAGAAGCUGUUAAAGAAAAGAAACCAAAAAAACUGGUGUCGAUCCUAAAGUUUUCCGGUUGUCUAGUGUGAUGAAGAAGACCCCAAACCGACUUUUGCUUGGAGGUUGUUUUUUUUUUUCAGCUCUCACAAAUUAAUCAAUUGUGAUUAAAUUCAGGCAAGGAAAGCUGUAGGAAAGUGCGCUGACUGUUUUGCUAUUCAUGCUUGUUCAACUUUAGCAGCAAAUGGAUUUGAAAACGCAAGACUUGGUCAAUAUCCUUAUUAGAUAAUGAGUUCCAGGCUGUGUGUGUAAUCUCCAAUGUUGAUAUUGUGUCAGCGGCUGAUAAUGUAUAACCUCGGAUCGCUCUGACAGCUCGUUUCUGACUUCAAUUCACAGGCUUUGUCCUCCAUUUAAGAGGUAAUUUCCUCCCACACUGACUCGCCAUCAGUUGCCAGAUUAUCUGCUAUCUGACUUUAAAGAUUGCACCUAAGA